UCCUUCUAUUUUAUAUAUUGCUUACGAUCCCUACCAACUAUCGAUAUAGGAGACUUAGUCUUUAAUAUAUAGGACUCGCCUCUUGACGUGAACUGAAUAAAAAAAACCUUUUACACUAAGCUAGGCUUUUUUGACAAGUUCUUCCAAUCAUGGAACUGGCUCCGAAAACUCCAAGAAUCACAGUAAAACUCUGCAUCAAGACAAAUCAACACCUAAACAAAUAUGGAUCAACUGAAGUUUCUAUAGCUAUUACAGAGGAAAUGACUUCAUAUUUAGAUAAAUAAUCUCUAACCAGGGCGAGUGAGAGUCUGGGAACACAAAUAUGAAUAAUCAGUCAAGGUGAGAAUCUCUGUAACCAGGCUUCCAAACACAUCAAACAAACAUAACAUUAUUUUCCUUUUGUUGGAAUGUCAGUUUCUUUUGUCAUUUGAAAGUCCAUUAGCUGAUCUGUCUCCAAUAAAAAAAAGGAUAAUACCUAAUCAUGUACCAACGUUUACAUAAUUGUAUACCUUGAUUCAAUAAUUGCAACAAGAGUGAAAAACCAUAUGUGUUGCUAGCCAGGGCGAUUGGGAGCAGAGAUAUGAAUAAUCAAAAAUCAAGGUGCGAAUUUUUGUAAACAAGCUUCGAGACACAUCAAACAAAUAUAACAUUAUUAUAACGUUUCGAUCGUCUACAGCUAAUGGGCCUUCCACGUCAGCUCUUGACGUGAACUGAAUAAAAAAAACCUUUUACACUAAGCUAGGCUUUUUUGACAAGUUCUUCCAAUCAUGGAACUGGCUCCAAAAACUCCAAGAAUCACAGUAAAACUCUGCAUCAAGACAAAUCAACACCUAAACAAAUAUGGGUCAACUGAAGUUUCUAUAGCUAUUACAGAGGAAAUGACUUCAUAUUUAGAUAAAUAAUCUCUAACCAGGGCGAGUGAGAGUCUGGGAACACAAAUAUGAAUAAUCAGUCAAGGUGAGAAUCUCUGUAACCAGGCUUCCAAACACAUCAAACAAACAUAACAUUAUUUUCCUUUUGUUGGAAUGUCAGUUUCUUUUGUCAUUUGAAAGUCCAUUAGCUGAUCUGUCUCCAAUAAAAAAAAGGAUAAUACCUAAUCAUGUACCAACUUUUACAUAAUUGUAUACCUUGAUUCAAUAAUUGCAACAAGAGUGAAAAACCAUAUGUGUUGCUAGCCAGGGCGAUUGGGAGCAGAGAUAUGAAUAAUCAAAAAUCAAGGUGCGAAUUUUUGUAAACAAGCUUCGAGACACAUCAAACAAAUAUAACAUUAUUAUAACGUUUCGAUCGUCUACAGCUAAUGGGCCUUCCACGUCAGCUCACUCGGUCUGUGGACUCCAUUUUGUGCGACGAGCGGUGUAGUAAUUUUUUGGAGGUUGGAAAGUCUUAUUUACUAACCCUUCAAUCACUACCCAACCUUUCUCCGUGUUUUGGCUUUACUUGCACGGUAUAGCGAAUCAUUUUCCCAUUAGUGUUAGCCCUCACUUGACUCUACACUCGUUUGGAUUUGACUCUGAUACAAUUUGUAACGCCCAGUCACUCGGCCCGUGUCCUUGUUCCGUACGACGAGUGGUGCAAUGAAACUUUUGAGUCGGGAAAGUAUUGUUUACUAUCCCUUCAAUCGUUGCUCGAUCUUACUCCGUGUUUUAGCCUCACUCGCACGGUAUCUCGAAUCACUUUUCUAUAGUUCAUCUAUUUUUACAUUACUCCAACCUAAAUAUGUUUAACUUUAGAAUUCUAAUUUGAUAUGUGACCGAAAAGAUAAGCUUACUUAAGUAACAUAGCCAAAUUUAUUCUAUUAAAUUUUUUCAUAUACCACGAACCAAAAUGGUGUAAUUAUUUUCCUUCGGUUGGAAUGUCAGUUUCUUACUUCAUUUGAAAGUCCAUUAGUUGGUCUCUCUCCAAUAAAAAUGAUAAUAAUACGUAAAUCAUGUACCAACUUCUUCAUAAUUGCAUACCUUGAUUCAAUAAUUGAAACAAGACUGGAAAUCAUGUGUUGCUAACUACUAUUGAUUUCUUGAGAAUAUAUUAUCGUUUAAUUCGAGACUAAAAGCUCUUGACAUUAAUUGUUAUGUAAUUCUCUAAACAGAACAGAUGGGUUUUAUGUUUCAAAAAAAAAACAGAUGGGUUUUAUUGGAAUUAGUGUCACUUUCUUCCUUCCGUUGAUGAAUGUUAAACGUCUUCGUGCGAAAUGGUUAUUGACUUAUUGCAUUAAAGACAAAGAAGUAGCUGCGGCAUGAGAAACACGUGAACUGUAUAAAAAUGGUAUUAUUUAUAUUUGUAUUAUUGCAUUAAGAAAUGGAUUUGUGAACUUUAUUAUACAACUCCCUUAUUUAUAUUUCUAUUAUUGCAUCAAGAAAUGAUAGGAUUAAAAAAAGAAAUGAGAGAUGGAGAAAGGUGAAGCUAUGGGGAAAAAAAGAGAGAAGAGAAGGAUAGUGUUGGUUCCGCUAACACUUCAUGGACAUAUUACUCCGAUUCUGCAACUAGGCAAAGCCCUUAGCUUGAAAGGCUUCUCAAUAACAGUUUUUCAGGGUCAGUUCAAUCGUGUAAACACUUCUUCGCCACACUAUUCUGGUUUUCAGUUCCUCGACGUAACAGGAAGCUUACCUGAGUCUGAACUUAUGAGACUCUCGCCAGUCGAAUUUCUGAUGAAGCAAAACAAAAUGAGCGAGGCAAACUUCAAAACCUGUAUAGGUCAGUUGCUGGUGCAACAGGGAAAUGAUAUUGCUUGUAUCAUCUACGACGAGUUCAUGUCAUUCUGUGGAGCUACAGCUGAGGAAUACAAGCUUCCUAGUUUCAUCUUCACCGCUGCAAGUGCUACACAUAAAGCUUGCCAAGUUUUUUUAAGCAAACUCAAUGCCAAGAAGUUCUUGAUGGAGAUGGAAGAUCCUGGAGUGCAAAACACAGUGGUGGAGGCAUUGCAUCCUAUAAGAUACAAAGACCUUCCGACAUCAGGAUUUGGGCCUCUAGAAUCAUUUUUGGAGAGCUGUAGGGUAGUCAACAAAAGAACAGGUUCUGGCAUUAUCCUCAACACGGCAAGCUGUCUAGAAAGCUCUUCUCUGUCAUGGAUGCAAAGAGAACUUGGAAUUCCAAUGUACGCACUAGGCCCUCUUCAUGCUUUAGCUAAAGCAGUGAAAUCUAGUUUACUGGAAGAGGACAGGGGCUGCCUUGAAUGGCUGAACAAGCAGAAGCCGAGGUCGGUGAUAUACAUAAGCCUGGGAAGCUUGGGUAGCAUGGAAAUUAAGGAUGUUUUGGAGAUGGCUUCAGGAUUGUAUAAUAGCAACCAACCUUUCUUAUGGGUCAUCCGGCCGGGCUCUAUCGUAGGCUCCGAGAUAGAGUCAUUGCCAGAGGAAGUCAAUAAAAAAGUCUCAGAGAGAGGAUACAUUGUGGAAUGGGCACCACAGAAUGAAGUACUUGGUCAUCCUGCAGUAGGAGGUUUCUGGAGCCACUGUGGAUGGAACUCAAUACUUGAGAGCAUUGAGGAAGGAGUUCCAUUUAUUUGCAGGCCUUUUCAAGGCGAACAGAAGUUAAACGCAAUGUAUUUAGAAAGCGUUUGGAGGAUAGGGAUUCAGCUAGGAGGAGAAGUGGAAAGAGGAAAGGUUGAGAGAGCUGUGAAGAGGUUGAUUGUGGAUAAAGAAGGUGCAAACAUGAGGAGAAGAGCCCUUGAUUUAAAAGAGAUGAUCAAAGCCUCCGUAAGAAUUGGAGGCUCCUCGUACAACGCAUUCGAUGAGCUCGUCAAGUACUUGAAGGUAGGGAGUGAAGAAGCUGAACCUCAUGUAUAAUUAGAGAUCACUAAAACGUCUAUUUUGAGCUAGAUAUACACAAAAAUUCAGUUUCAACAAAAGCGAUAAUAAACAGAAAUGUAAUAUUUAUCAUGCUUUAUGAAAGACAUAUAUCAUUA